GAAAUGGAUGGAGGAAAGCGGAAAAGAAGUGUUGGUGGCGUACAACAGCCGGAGGCACAACAGAAAAUGGUCAAAGAUAAGAAAAUGAAGGACAUCCCGGAGGUAGUGACACUCAAGAAGGAAAUUGGACUCCUCAGCGCCUGUACCAUCAUCAUAGGCAACAUCAUCGGGUCUGGCAUCUUCAUAUCUCCGAAGGGUGUGCUGGAGCACUCGGGGUCAGUGGGGCUGGCCCUGCUGGUGUGGGUGUCCGGGGGAGGCAUCGCGGCCCUGGGCUCGCUCUGCUACGCUGAGCUGGGUGUCACCAUCCCCAAGUCUGGCGGGGACUACUCCUAUGUCACAGAGAUCUUUGGAGGCCUCAUAGGCUUCCUGCUGCUGUGGAGUGCGGUGCUCAUCAUGUAUCCCACCACGCUGGCCGUCAUCGCCCUCACCUUCUCUAACUACGUGCUGCAGCCGGUCUUCCCCAACUGCAUCCCGCCGCACCUCGCCACACGCAUGCUCUCCACCGUCUGUAUACUGUUUCUUACUUGGGUGAACUGUGCCAGUGUGCGCUUGGCCACCCGUAUUCAGGACAUCUUCACCGUCGGCAAGCUGAUGGCUCUCGGCCUCAUCAUCGUGGUUGGACUUGUUCAGAUCUGCAAAGGCAACUAUGAGAGCCUGACUCCACACAAGGCCUUUGACUUCUUCAAGAGUCCGUCGGUGGGGGAGAUCGCCCUGGCUUUCCUGCAGGCCUCCUUCGCCUUCAGUGGCUGGAACUUCCUCAACUACGUCACAGAGGAGGUGGUCGAACCGCGCAGGAACCUGCCUCGUGCCAUUUACAUCUCCAUUCCACUGGUGACCUUCACGUACACGCUCACCAACAUCGCCUACUUCUCCUCCAUGUCCCCAGAGGAGUUACUGGCAUCCAAUGCUGUGGCCGUUACGUUUGGAGAGAAGCUCCUGGGCAUGUUCUCCACCAUCAUGCCCAUCUCUGUGGCACUCUCCACAUUCGGGGGCAUCAACGGCUACCUCUUCACCUCCUCCAGGUUAUGUUUCUCAGGGGCAAGAGAGGGACAUCUGCCAGGUCUCCUGGCCAUGAUUCACUUUAAGAAGUGCACUCCUAUCCCUGCUCUACUGGUCUCUUGCACAGCCUCCAUCGUCAUCUUGAACAUAGGGGAGACGCAUAACCUGAUAAACUAUGUGUCUUUCAUCAACUACCUCUCGUAUGGGGUCACCAUUGCUGGUCUUCUGUACUACAGAUGGAAAAAGCCCAACCUCUACAGGCCCAUUAAGGUGAACCUGCUCGUACCGGUGACCUACCUGCUGCUCUGGGUUUGUCUGCUGGGGUUCAGUCUUCACUCGGAGCCCGUGGUGUGUGGCGUAGGUCUGGUCAUCAUGCUCACAGGAGUGCCUGUCUACUUCCUCGGCGUCCACUGGAAAGAGAAGCCCCAGUGUAUCUAUGACUUUAUCGAAUGGGCCACCAACUUGGGACAGAGGUUGUUUUUUGUAGUAUUCCCACAAGUCGACCCCAUCGUCAUCGCCACAUCUCCAACAGAGUGGACGGACAAGUCCUCUGCGAGCAACGCGUCUGCCGGGUUUUGAGGGAAUUCACUUGGACUGAGUGGUCUCUUAUUUUUUUUUAUGAACACGUUUUAAACAUAAAACCCACAAGUACUCCAAUGUGAUGUUUGAAUUCCACAAGCUGAAGAAACAUGUGACUGACAUUGGAGGGACAAAUGUUAAAGUACCCCCCAACAUAGGGAGAUGAAUGCCUGCACACACAACACAACAUAAUGUUACUAACCAACUAUGCAGCCUUUCAACCUUUUAUCUUCAUCCAAGGGAGCCUGCUGGUUAUGGACUCAUGAAAUUGUUUGGCAUAAUGUAACACAUGCCAGCCAAGCUUUUUUUUGUCCACAUCCUGCACUAAGUUGGAUGCGUGCACACCUUUUUUCUACCUUGCAUAGACCUGUCCGCUUCCAUUUGCCUGGUCAUAUUGAUACUGCCAUUUAUUGACUUCUAGUGCCUUACUAAAGCAGCUCAGUGAUCUCAAUAAGGACAGUAUUACAAGCAUGAAGCAGCCUGGAGGUUGUUCUACACAGAUCAUGGCGCUGCAAUGCGAAAUACUGGUGUAAAACGGCUACUCAACUGCAAGGUACUCCACUUGAAUCAGGGAAGGCUUGAACACUACUCCCGCUCACAAACUGCUUUGCACUUGAAAGUUACGAAUGCCACCUUCAUUGUUGCACUUUGCUUUUAUUUAACAUGCUAACUAUCUAGCUCUACUUCGUAUCAAAACAACUACUGUGUUAAACUCAUAGAAAGCAAAAAUAUGUUAAUUAUUUUUAAAAACUUAAUAAUGCAAUAGGAAUUGGGAUAGCUUGUUUCCUACUCUGAUUUUUUUUUUCAAUUUUAUAUCAAAUUUGAAUAUUGAUUUAAACUGUGCCAUGGAUUAUAAAACAUGGAUGUGGAGUACUGCCAGAGUUACUAAUGUUGGAAAUCAUAAGUUGUUAUUGUUGAGACAACACUUUAUUUUCCUUUUGUAUAUAUUAUAUGUAUAUCUGUGUAUAUAUUGUGCAGUUGAGAUGGUUAAAAUAGUCCCUGUGUCCUCAUGCAGUUGACAGCGACACAUUCUUCAGAGAUUUAAUUCUGUACAAUAAAAUAAAAGAUGUAUAUGGAGGACUAUUCAUAUGCAUAGCUGAAAAGUGAUUGUAUACUUUCCUAUGCAGGCACCAACGUUUAAACAGAGUUUAAAUAAACUUGCUUUGUCAG